AUGAUGCCCUCCGCAUCGCAGUCCCAGCCCUCGUCGCAACAGUCCUUCACCAUGAGCCAGCAAUCUCAAGGCGGCUACCGCGGCUAUGCCGACUCCAGACAUGCCAAUGAGGCUCCCCAAAUCUACAGCGCCGUCUACUCGGGCGUCGAUGUGUACGAAAUGGAGGUCAACGGAAUCGCCGUCAUGCGCCGACGCCAAGAUAGCUGGCUCAACGCUACCCAGAUCCUCAAAGUUGCCGGCGUCGACAAGGGCAAGCGCACCAAGAUCCUCGAGAAAGAAAUUCAGACCGGCGAACACGAGAAGGUCCAGGGAGGUUAUGGAAAAUACCAGGGCACGUGGAUCAAGUUCGAAAGAGGUGUCGAGGUUUGCCGACAAUACGGCGUGGAGGAACUUCUUCGUCCGCUCCUUACAUACGAUAUGGGACAAGAUGGCGGAGUUGCGGGCCAGGGAGACUUCAACACGCCCACCAAGGAACAGGCCAUGGCCGCCCAAAGGAAACGCUUGUACGCGGGUAACGAGGCGAGAACCAACGGCAUGGCUGGGCUGAACGGCACCUUCUUCAAGAACAUCUCGAGCACCGCAUCGCACGCUGUCGCUGCUAUCAGCAAGGCACGUUUCGAUUCUCCAGGUCCCCGGGGCCGCAACGGGCCGACCAAGGCACCCAGCUUCAGCCGCCAGGGUUCCAUGCAAAACGGCGAUGACUUUCCCGGCAACUCCCAGCAGAGCUACACUUCGGACUACGGCCAGCAGGUCGACUCGGCAUACUCAACCCAGGGAACCAGCCAGCAGUUCGGCGAUGGCCCAGAACCGCCGCGUAAGCGCCAGCGGGUCACCAUGACCCCGGCGGACAGCUUCGGGGGCUACAACAACUCGAUGGAGAUGUACCAGGGCGCUUUCCCUGGAUCCCCCACAGAGCCCAAUGAGUCUUUCAUCUACUCACAGGCGAACGCGCCUGCGCAUGACGGCCACAGUCCUUUGACCCCGCUGCCCUUCGAGAUGUCUCCGGACGCCGAGGCAAAGAGAGGCAUGUUGAUGAGUCUCUUCAUGGACUCGGCGGCAUCCGACCAGUCCAAACUGGACAUGCUCCGAACACUGGCACCCAUUGAACUGGACAUGCCCAUUGACCAGCAAAGUCACACUGCCCUGCAUUGGGCGGCAACAUUAUCACGUAUGACGCUUUUACGCGCACUCAUUGCUGCGGGUGCCAGCCCAUUCCGUGUAAAUGGCUCAGGAGAGACCGCCCUUGUAAGGGCAUGCCUCGUGACAAAUUCCAUGGAUCUUGGAUCGUUCCCCGAUCUUCUGGACGUACUAGGAAGCACCAUUGAAGUUCGUGAUAGUAAGGGACGCACCGUUUUGCACCACAUUGCAAUGACUAGCGCCGUCAAGGGUAGGAACGCGGCCAGUCGGUAUUACCUCGAGAGCCUCUUGGAGUGGGUGGUCAGGCAAGGUAGCGUCCCCAAUGGCCAGACUGCUGCGAAUGGCAACGCCAGCGCCAAUGCGAACGGCAACAGUGCUCCGAGCAGCUCUCAGUCUCAACCGCAAUCGCAGCCCAAGAUGGGCAUUGCGCGCUUCAUGACUGAGAUUGUCAACGCACAAGACCACGCCGGUGAUACGGCAUUGAACAUCGCGGCAAGGAUAGGCAACAGAAGCAUAAUCUCCCAACUAUUGGAAGUUGGAGCGGACCCCAAUAUUGCCAACCGAGCCGGUCUGAGGCCCGUGGACUUUGGCAUUGGCGGCGAUGCCACGGAUGAGGGCAAGAACAGCCUGCCCAACGGCAACCCUGAACCGAACGCAGACCUUGAGAAGAACGGCGUUGUGAGCAGCCAGCGCACAAAGGAGAGCAGCGAUGACAUCGUAUCAUCAAUCACACAUCUCCUGAACGAGGCAAGCUCCACUUUCCAGAGUGAAGUCAGGACAAAACAAGCCGUCAUCGAGUCCCUGCACUCAACACUCCGCACCACCUCCGCACAACUAAGCGAGGCAAGACGAACCUGCGAAGCCAUGCAGGCGACGCUGAGGAAACAACAACUGGCCCGCCAGAAGGUCUCGAACCUCAGCCACGCCCGCGAGGAGGAGCAGGUCCGGCUGCUGCAGGAGCAAAAACGCGCCGGGCGCGCCGACGCCCUCUCGUCGUCGUGGGAGACGGAGCUCGGCGCCGCCCUCGAGACGGCCCGCGACGGCGAGGAGGCCGGCCUGCUCCCCUCCGCCGCCGUCCUCAAGGCCAGGCUCAACGCCGUCUCCGCCCGCAGGGACGCCACCCGCAAGAUGGCCGCCGCCCUCAAGGGCCGCAGCAAGGACGUCGAGAUCAAGUACCGCCGCGUCGUCGCCAUCAGCACCGGCGUGCCCGAGGACCAGGUCGACGCCGUCGUCGACGGCCUCGUCCGCGCCGUGGAGAGCGAGAAGGGCGACCUCGAGGUCGACCGCGUCAGGAGGUUCCUCGGCGGCGUCGAGGGCGUGGUGCAUUGA